AUGCCGGAAUCUAAAACUCUCCUGGCCAACAUCGGAAUACCGGUUGAAAUAAUGCAAAUUGCCCUUCCGAAACGCUUCACCGUUUAUGAGCCCCUUUUACUUCUCCCAGCAAACACGUUCAAUGCACCCCCUGCAUGGAACAAAUUUUACGCAGCGUUACCAUCCGAACGACGCGAAGAACUAUAUGCUUCGAUAGCGAGAGCCUUUAAGCGACAGGGCGUCACUCAUAUUGCAAUAAAUUCCUUUAUAUCUUUGACGAAUACCCAAGGGCUGGAAAACCGAAUGCGCAGUCCUGCCGGUCUGGUUCCCCUCUAUGGUGACUUCCAAGACCUAUGCAUAAUUUCAACUUCUGGCGAUGAAAAAGCACAGCCUCAAGCCAAGGACCUGCAUUCGGCGCUUUGGGUACGGACGGUGCAGAAUAAAGGCAUAGUCCAGAUCUGGGCACCGUUCUAUACAAUGUUCUCACGAGGAAACAUCACUGAAAAAGCGCGAAUUCUGGGAUAUGGACCCUGCCAAGGUACAUUCCAAGGACUAGACAAGGAAUCCUUGCACCAGUCACCAGCAGACAUCAGCGUUGUCGAUAUGUACGCAGGUAUCGGUUAUUUUGUCUUUUCCUAUCUAAAGCGAGGCGUCAAGCGGGUAUGGGGAUGGGAACUCAACGGCUGGUCCGUGGAGGGCCUGCGGCGAGGAUGCGAAGCGAAUGGAUGGGGCUGUAAAGUUGUCCGUAUCCUAGAGGACGGUCAAACCGAAUCACCCGUCAUAGACCUUGUGGAAAGUCUGACGGAAUCGGACCGGGUUGUUGUCUUCCACGGAGACAACAAGUUUGCAGCCAACAUUUUGGGGAAAAUCAGAGAUGUUAUGGAACAAUCAGACACAUGGAGUCCCGUGCGACAUGUCAACUUGGGGCUCUUGCCAUCAUCACAACCAUCUUGGGAUAAUGCAUGCCGGGUACUUGAUCCGCAGCGAGGAGGCUGGCUCCACGUUCAUGAGAAUGUCGAUGUGCGGGGGAUUGAAGAGAAGAAGGAGGAGAUAAUGACACAGAUUACGAAGUUUCGAGCCCAUGCUCAGCGUAAGCAGGAGAUUCUGCAAGAACCAAAAACCGAAUGCUGUCAUGUGGAGCAUGUCAAGACGUACGCGCCUGGCGUAAUGCAUUGCGUCUUUGACAUCACCUUGUCGGGACUAAUUGAGGUUAAACAAGAAACAUCGGGCACGUGA